UGCGAUUUUUUAGAGUCGGCGAGGGAUAAACCCCGCCUUUUAUAUUUUCUCCCUUCCAACGGAUCUCGAUUUAUAAACUCGUUCGGCUGCGAGGUCUAGAAAAACAAACAAAGCCGCGCCGGUAAUCCACUUUGAAGAGUUUUAAAGGAUUUGAGCCGAAGUUCUGAUUCCUCAAAGAGAAAGAGCUUUUAUCUGUUUUUCCCGAGCAGCUGACCGAGCCAAAUGGAAUAAUACUCCGUCAAUUACGGCGAACGCUUCACUUCGCGAGAGAGCAGACGAGCACGCAAUGCUGCAAAGUCGUAAAAGUAUUACACGGGGCGCAUUUUUUCGCAGAGCGAAAAAAGAAAAGAAAUUCUCGGCCGCAGCAGGCAAUCCGGUAAACCGCGCUCGCGCGUACGUUAGGCCGCGGCGAACGGCGGGAGAGAGAUCAAAAGCCGGCGAUAAAAUCGAAAAGAAAAAGCUGCGUCUAUAUAGGUAUGCAUGAUUAACCGAGAGGAGCGCCUGAACGACGGCAAUCCCGCGUAGCGCCACGCGUGCCUCGUCGCCAUCUUUAAAUCGCCCGGGCAGCAACAACACCGCGAGCGAAUACACUCUGCAGUAUACGCUGCAGUGUGUACGCUAGUUCGCGCUCCGAGUAUUCAGGUGUACAAGUCCUUUCUCUUUGCGAACCAACCGCGCAGACAGUCGGACACUCGAUCGAGCGGAGCAGCGAACGUCGCUUUCUACUCGCCGCCGCAGAGAGCAGCGAGUGAGGUUAUGUGCCCCCACCGAUGAGGAGUCCUCCUGCAGCAGGCAGAGCUCGCAGAAGUGGUAGGAGGAGGCGCUGCUGCCGUCGCCACGGCUCUCCUUCGUUGGCUUUUAACAGGUGAUAGAGCGCUGCUCCGUCUCGAGCGCGGAGCGAGAGUUAGGUUAUAGCGCGCGCGCGCGCCUGUGUGAGUUGUAAAUUCUACGAGAUGCGGCUCCUCGGAGGGCUGCUCCUCCUGCUGGCCUCGAGCUUCGGCCAGGUCCAGCACCAACAGCAACAGGCACCUCCGCCGCAGCAGCAGCAGCAGCAGCAGCAGCAGCAGCAGAUGCACCACCAGCAGGCGCCUCCGCCGCAGAUGCAGCAGCAACAAGUACCCGUGCCACCUCAACAGAUGCACCCGCAGCAAGUGCCCACGCAGGGACAGGCUCCGAUGCAGGGCCAACUGCCCGUGCAGCAACAGGUACCCAUGCACCAGCAACCGCCACCGGUGCAGCACGUGCCGGCGCACGCCGCCCCGGUGAGCAACCAGCCCUGGUACGAGACCCUGCCGGCCGUCGCCAUGGACUACAAGGUCCACAUCGACCCGGGCAAGGAGGACUGCUACUUCCAGUACGUCAACCCUGGCGCUACCUUCUACGUCAGCUUCCAAGUGUUGCGAGGCGGCGACGGCAAGGCCGGCUUCGCUGUGAGGAAUCCGUCCGGCGAGAUUGUGCACCCCUAUCAAUGGAGAGCUAAUGCAGACUACCAGGAUCAGUCCCAAUAUGGUGGCUACUACAGUGUCUGCGUCGACAACCAGUUCUCCAGGUUCGCUGGAAAGCUCGUCAAUCUGUACCUCACGGUCAUCAGGUAUGAUCAAUGGGAGAAGUUUGCCAAGGAGUUGGAGGACAUGAAUCUUUCCGUGGAGAACGUUACGGGUACACUCGUCGGCGUGGAAAAGAACAUAUACGAAGUCCUCCAGAUGCAGCACUUCAGCAGGAGUCGGGAGGACAGAGAUUACAACUUGCUCCUGAACAAUAACUCUUACGUCCAGAAUUGGUCGAUACUCCAAGUGGUGGUCAUCAUGGCUACCACCAUUCUGCAGGUUUACUUCGUACGGAGAUUAUUCGAGGUCAAAUCGGGCGGAUACUCGAGAUCGCGCAUAUAAGCGCCGUCGCGUUUGUGCAUCAUCGAUUGAAUUUUGAACAACACUUGUGAUAAAUAAUUGAUCGCGCCUAUGCAAGGGAAUUUAAGAGUGCAGUCUCAAAGACUUUGACACGGAAGACUCGCGAGUGCAAUGCUUAACUAUUUUUCUUCUACUCUCAGAAAUGUCGAAACGUUUUUCGAAAUAUUUACGUUACUUACUAUAUUACACCUCUGAAAGCCACUCUAUUAAACUAAUGCAUUUAUCGAGAAUUUCGUACGACUGUACAGUAUUUUUUAUACCCCGAAAAUGAGUGCAUUCCGUUUUUCUUUUUUUUUUCUGAACGACGUAAUUCAACCGCGCAUAACCACUUAGAUUUUUAUAAAGUUGAAUGUAGUAUUUACCGUUUUUACGAGAAUAAACUAUAUAUUUAUAAAAAAAAAGAUUAUAUAUAUAUCUAUUAAACGGUUUACACAAUUGUAAAUGUAUUUAUAUUAUAGAAUACAAACAGAAUAAAUUUACACGUACUUUUGUUACGAAAAA